GUUGAAUAGACUGAAAAUCUGGCCAUUUAUUCUCUUAGAUUAAAGGGGAAGAAAUGAAUUUAUUUGUUUUAUAGAAUACAAUAAUAUGAUAAAAAAAUAAUGAUGUCUUAAUAGAUUUUAAGAUGAUACGAUGGAAUCUACAUUUUUUUUUUUUUGUUUCAGCAAAACAAGCUAAAAUUGUAUUUUGGUUUUUGUGUUAAGAUAAUAAAAAAAAAUUGUAUCGCUGAUUUAAAUAAAUUAUCAGACUUCCCGUCAGUUCAUUCAGCUCUCUCAAUUCAAUUGUGUUUUUUAAUGUUUCUUUCCCUUAAAUAAUCAAGACUUAAAUCCUAAGAUCUGCCUUUAAGGCAUCCAUUUACGUCAUUUCAUAUUGUAGGUCAAAACUGAAGCUCAUCAGUGAGAUGUCUUUCAAAUGGAUGGUUCUGUUCAGUUUGAUGGUAGCAAAGGUAAAUUGGUACUUUCCUCCGUGAUGGCUGAACUGGUAAAUUUGAUGGAUAUGCUAGCAAGAUUCCAAGGAUGAGUUAACAGUGCAUUUGAUAAGUUAACAGUGCCUAGGUUGAGUUAACUGUGCUUAUGAUGAGUUAAGAGUGCCUGUGUCGAGUUAACAGUGCCUAUGUUGAGUUAACAGUGCUUAGGAUAGAUUAACAGUGCCUAGGAUAAGUUAGCAAUGCUUGUGAGAAGUUUACAUUGCUGGGUUGAGUUGGCAGUGCCUAGAAUAAGUGAACAGUGCCUAGGUUGAGUUAACAGUGCCUAGGUUGAGUUAACAGUGCCUAGGUUCAGUUAACAGUGCCUAGGUUGAGUUAACAGUGCCCAGAAUAAGUUAACAUUGCCUAGAAUAAGUUAACAGUGCCUAGAAUAAGCUAACAGUGCCUAGAAUAAGCUAACAGUGCCGGAUUAACCUAAAGGAAAAUUAUGCAUGGACUAACAGAGCCCCGCUACAGGGGAUUCAAUGUUAUCGUCUGGUUGGGGACUUGAUUUAAUCUUGAAGGCAACUUCAAUAACCCCAUCUAUGGUACUGAUGGGCAGCUCGGGCUUCUCCGUACGUAACAAGUUAUAUAAUUAGGGGGAUAUGAGAAAAAGAAAGGGGAAAACACAAGCCAUAUACUUUUUCUAAGGGAGGAUUUUAAGAGUUCGUCCCCCUACUUACGACACAUAGGGAAAUGGUGCCGGUGGGCCUUCGAGCCCGAGCACUUAAUGCCCCCCCCCCCCGGCACACCUCCACACGGGCCAGACCUCGGUGAAUAGUGAACAGGUGAUAUUUGGCUAAAUGUGAUGGUACAGGUGAUGAUACGUGUGAUGGUACCUGUGAUUGUACAGGUGAUGGUACAGGUGAUGAUACAGGUGAUGGUACAGGUGAUGGUGCAUGUGAAGGUAUAGGUGAUGGUACAUGUGAUGGUAUAUGUGAUGAUACAAGUGAUGGCACAGGUGAUGUUACAGGUGAUGGUACACAAGGUGUUAGAGUUUAUGGUGAUGGUACAGGAGAUGGUACAGGUGAUGGUACGGGUGAUGGUACAGGUGAUACUACAUAUGCUACAACUAUAUUUAAACAAGAGCCCCAUCUCGUUGUAUUUUUUACAAUGACAAUAUUUAUUACCAAGAUAAAUAGGCAUUACCAUGCAACCAUAUGUUACCAGUUAACCAUAUUACUGUAUGCCAUCUUGAUACAACAUGCUACCAUGGUAAUCUAUUUUACAGUGCACGGCGGCCGCUUGUAACAACGGACAACUUGGAGAUACCAAUUUUCAUUGUUACAACCAGGCGGCAUCCUUCUGCUCGUGAGUCAGGACAGAAGGAACUUAAAUUGUUACUAUUGACCCUAACGUUCUGUAAUAUAGUUUAACAUCUCGUUAUCAACGUAAACUUCAAAUCUUACUUGUUGCAAUUGUUAAAAUAAGUUGUACCUUUACUACUAAUCUUGUUUUAAAUAUUUACUUCAGAGAUGUUAACAAAGCACAGUAUGAUUAAAUAUAACAUUAGCAACAAUAACUCUAAACAUCUUUAUCAUCAUAGCAUUAGCAUCAAUAACCUAAUACUUCACACCUCUAUCGCCCUUCCAUUAGCAUUAAUGACCUAACACUAAAAACCUCUCUCGCCCUCCCUUUAGCCUCAAUGACCUAACACUAAACACCUCUAUCACCCUCCAUUUAGCAUCAAUGACCUAACACUAAACACCUCUAUCGCCUUGCCAUUAGCACCAAUGACCUAACACUAAAACACCUCUAUCGUCCUGCCAUUAGCAUCAAUGACCUAACACUAAACACCUCUAUCACCCUGCCAUUAGCACCAAUGACCUAACACUAAACACCUCUAUCGCCCCCCCCUUUAGCCUCAAUGACCUAAAACUAAACACCUAUAUCACCCUCCCUUUAGCAUCAAUAACCUAACACUAAACACCUCUAUCGUCCUGCCAUUAGCAUCAAUGACCUAACACUAAACACCUCUAUCGUCCUGCCAUUAGCAUCAAUGACCUAACACGAAACACCUCUAUCGUCCUGCCAUUAGCAUCAAUGACCUAACAUUAAACACUAAACGUGAUGUCUCCCCAGUGUAUUGUACAUGUUCGUGCAUUUUGAUCCAGCUUGGCUUCCGGUUAUACCGGUUGCUUGUCCCGUGUGAGCACUACAUCGUUCACAUUGAGCACGAUCUGAUGUUUGAAAUUGGUCCGGUCGUUUGUCAAGAGUGCAUAGACCGUCUAUCCGGGUGUUGAUUUCCACUCUCCAUCACCGCAUAUACAUACUGAUAGCCGAAAGGUCUUGCUGUAGUGGCUGUACAGACGAGUGGGAUCCUUACCGGUGCCCUGGAUUAUCAAAUCGCUGCAUUCUCUAGACCACGAUGUUAGGGAGAUCGGUCGGAAGCUGCUCGGUUGAUCGCUAUUCUUCCCCUCUUCGGGAAUAACGAUGACUUGAGCGUUUUGACAAGCUCUGGGCAGGACUCCCGUUGGCCCGUGAUCUGUUAACGAAUCUCUACAGCGUGUCAUUAACUAUCGUCAGACGUGCAUAGCUUUUUGAAAAUUUCGUUACAGAUUUUAUUUUGUCCCGAUGCCUUGGCUGCUUUGCACUAAUCGUUCGCCUUUUAUAUGUCUCCUGAGACUGGUACAAUUUCCGCUUUCGUCAGUACCUCUCUGUUUUAAAUUCCCUUUACGAAAAUGCCUGUUAGUGCCUUUGCGUCAGUUCACACUAUCAAAUUCUCCUUCAAACAUUUGAUGCAAUCUGUGUUUGAAGCCUUUUCACAACUUUCAAAUCAUGAUUUGAUAAAAUUGUGAUGGUAUGAGAAUUAUAUUAGUAUUAAUACGCAACCUCCAUAUCACAUGAACAAAAACUAAAAAUAAAAAUAAGCUCAUCAAUCUAGGUUAUGUUUACAUUGACUACGCUAAGUUAUCAAAACAACAACAGACUUCAAAAAAGAAUUAUUUAGUUAAUUUAGUAAAAAAGAGCAAUAAUAAAAUACUUAUAAAAUAAAUGGGCGAAGGGCAUGAUAUAAUUGAAAUUUAUUUUUUUAAAGCGGCUUUUAACUUUAUAAACAACAAUAACUGUAGCACUAGGCUAGUCACUAAUUGUGACUAAUCACUAAGACUAAGUAACUAAGUUAGAACUUAAACUUAUGAUAUUUAUUAAUAAUAAAUAAUUUUUACUACUUUCUUCUAAGGCUGGUAUCCAUGGGCGCCCACAGGUAGGGGCAGGGAGGGCACUCCCCCCCCCUGGAUUGAUUGGAUAAAAAAAAUUUAGACAAAAAAUUUAUUAAAGUAAAGAGAAAAUAAAGAGAAACUAAGCUGAUGUCCUGUCCGUUCGUUCACCAUACAAAUACGCUACAGUAAAUUAAAACUAUAAUAACACAUUACUAAAAAUUGUUUGAACAUACCAACAAAAAAAAAACUCCCCCCCCUGAAAGGUAACCGCUUCCCCCCCCCCCCUAGAAAGUUUUCUGCGGGCGCCCAUGCUGGCAUCUGCGACUUUAUCUAUAAAUGUUUCUGUCUAGGCCAGCAAUUGAGAGACAUUUUUUUAAACCAAUUCCUAUGUCUAAACUAAGUGACUCACUCUCGGAAUUCCACUCCACACAACUGCGUCAACUAACUUGAGUGCCGACUAGCAUCUUUUUGUUUUAUUUUAGUACUAAGUAAUACAAAAAAUAAAAACGUUAAUAAAGUUUAUUUACGUUCUUCAAAAAUGGUUUAGGGGCAGGUUGUUGUUUUUUUUUGACGAACUCCACUCUGGAUCAUUUAUUUUCAGCUCCCGCUCAGGUCCGACAAAAUAAAAAGGAGUUGAUGAAGGGUUGUUGAGUGUUUAAAGAAAUAUUUACUGUUAUUUAAACUGAAUCUCUGAUCAGUGAGAAAUUUUGCCAGCUCCAGCUCAUGGCAAAGAAAAAUAUUGCUCCAGAGCUUCUAGAUCUCUAAUUACAAAGCACAAUUAUAAAUUAAAUUUUCCAAAACCAAUAUCAAUAAAUUUUCCAAAACCAAUAUCAAAAACCCCCCCCCCCCCCCCCCCCCCCCCCCCCCCCCCCGUGCUACCAUAGCAAAUGGAUGCCCCAUACUGAAAUUAAAAUUAAAUUGUUCAACUUUUUCAUUAUUAAAUUUACUUAUUUACUUUAGGUCAAUUAUGAAAUUUUCUGUGGAGACCCCUUAGGUCUACUUUUUUAUGUUGAAGCAUGUGACUUUAAAUUAUUAAAUACAAUACAGAUUUAAAUCGGCACCCUUCAAUUGAGGAGAUAUAAUCACAGUAAAUAGCUUCCAUUUCUGAUGGAUACUGUUACAUUGUACAAGUAUAGUUAUGCUAUACUCCACAUUCAUAAAUAAAAGUCAAUUAAGAAGAAAAAAAUAAUCAAUAUAAUUUUUUUGAUUCAUUUAAAUGUUAAUUUGAAGAAUUUUUUGAAAAGUUUUGAGAUAGUUAGAAAGGACAAAUUGCAGUAGUCUUCUUCUAUGUCUGAUAAUUGCCAGUAGAGCAUAGGCCAUUAACUAUUACUUUCCAAUCCUUCAAGUCUCUAGAUAUCGUUUCCAGCUCUAUCACAUCUUUAUAACUGUGUACAUUUUUGUCAACAUUCCUUUACUAAGGAAAUCAUUUCUGAAUUAUGCAUUAAAAUUUAUAGUACACUCAUUUGUAGUACUCUUCUAUAGGUUAAAAAAUUUAUAUUGAUUACAAUUAUCUAUAGUUUUAUCAUUUAUAUACUGGUACUCUAACUUAAAAUCUGCUCCAAACUAUGACAGAUAAUAUAUAAGGGAUGUAGUAAUCUCUUUUUAAAAAUAAUUUAUAACAUACAAGUCCAAUCACAGAUUUCACAAGAACUCAGAAAUAAAAUGUAAAAAAUUUUAUUAAAAAUAAGCAGUGCUGAAUGAAGUUAUCAAGAAGCACUACCAUUAAUAGUAGUAUGUAGUAGUCAUUCCAAAUUUUCAAAUAGGAAGGAUGUCUCAAUCAUUGUUGACUAUAAAGAUUCUGUCAUUUUAUUUUCUUUCAAGUUAUGGGAUUGUGAAUGCGUGUCAUUGUUGAGUUUAAUAAUUUCUGAAAGAAACAAAAGAGAAAUAUAUUUUAUUUAUUACACAUACAAAUAUUUCUUAAAAAUAUAUAGACCUACAUUAUAAAGAUGAGAUCAAAGGGGUCGUCCAUUAAUUACUUCAACAAUUUUGAUGACAUUUUUGACACCCUCCCGCCUUUUCAACAACUGUCAAAUUUUCGAUGACCCCCACCCCCCAAGUAAUUAUGUAAAAAUCUCCCCCCCCCCCACCCCCGCAAAAAUGAAUCAUAAUAUAAAUUAAUUUAUAAAUACAUUUACUUUGUGCUGAUCUAUUUAAAUGACACAUAAAAGUAGAGAAAACAUUUUAUUACAUGUUUAGCAUGUUAAUCAACGAGUUAAAAAGUUUUUGCAUUUAAAUUUUAUAAUGCAGAAUCAAUUAUAAGGUUGACGUAAUCUACACCCCCCCCCAAACCAUUUCCCCCCCUUGUCAACAACUGUCAAACAUUUCCAAACCUCCCCCCCCCUCGUUUUUGUUGACGUAAUUAAUGGACGCUCCCAAACUACUACUACUACUCAUUUUAAAGUGUAUACGUUUAUAUUUCCCAGUUAUCAUACAUUACAUAUAUGUUUGAACACUAAAGCAUACAAUAAAGUAAUUGAAAUCUGGAAUUUUCUAAUUUAUUCAAGCUUUUGGUGGAAAGAGUAUGACUAAUCAAAAGCCUCCCACAUUUGUAUCAUAGGUUUUCAAUUAUAAAUUUUAAUAAUUAAAUUUUUCUAUGUUAAAUUGAUGCUGCCACCUUUUUCUGAGUGUAAAUUUUGAGUGGAAAUGUGCCUGAUGAAUUAGUUUAAACGAGGAAGAGUGGUAAAGUGCAUGAUGGGUUAUUUUGAUAGAAGUUGGGUGGUAAAGUGCCCAUUUGCACUAUUUUAGGGUGGUUACACCCAAAGUGGGGAAAACCUUAUAAUAAUUUUAAUAAUAAUGACAAAUUUCAACAUUUAAAAUUGCUAUCAUGUUUUUUCUACUUAAAAUUUUGUAUAUUUUUAGCAGAAAGAUAGUUAUUUUCAUUUUAGUUAUUUAAUGAUAAUAUAAAAUUAGUAUCAAACGAGAACAAAUAUGGUAAUGAGAUUGCAUUGUGAUUUUAAAAUAAGUAUCAUUAAUAUUCAAAAACUUUGAGAGUGAGUAGUAUGACUAUCUUAUUUUAUAGGCCUAGCAUUAUUUAACAUGAAACAUAUAUGUGAAUAAAUUAAUUGCGCCUCUUGCCCCAACUAAUUACUAAUAACUAAUACUACAAUGCCAUAUUUAUUAUGAAUAAUGACUGACGACGAGUUCAACUUACAAUUCUUCUUUUCUUUAAUUAUCAAGGCAGUCAGGGCCCAUCGUCUAAGCAAUCCUUAGCUGCCAGGCUUAUGGUGGUGAAAUAUAAAUUAAGCCAAGUUUUUUGAGUAUCAAAAAUGGCAUUAUCCUUCGAAGUUGUGAGUAACUUGACCAUAACUUGUUUUCAAAAAUUUAAAUCGCAGCGCACUUUGCUUGAAUCGCUGCCAUUUUGAGAAAUCAGCUGUAAAGUCAAGUGAACGAAAACAUUGUCCAUAAAUCCGCAUACAAAUUAGUGCCUUCAAACACGCAUUGAAUCAAAUGGUUGAAGGAAAUUUUGAUAGUGUCAACCGACGCUUAGGCGCUUUUGGUGUCUGUUGUGACCGUCGUGCCGGUUUUCUUUUGCGAGGUUCUUGAGUUCUUCCAGGAGGGUCAAUUAAGCGCCACACCUUUUUUCCCGUCCGUCAAGUAGGGGUUUUCACAAGUACCAACCCAUUUUCUAUUGUUUGCCUUGAUUACAGCGUCCCGGACUUCAGUCGUCAUAUUUUGUUGCAGAGUCUCCAAGCAAACCUUGCCUUUUCCAACCCUAUGGCAACUGUUAUAAGGAUUGGUCGGUGGUCGCGACCUCAUCUUUCGCUUCUGGUUCUGUUGAUAUUAGGUUGAGUUCUGGACGGGACCAGGCACUUUGGCCUGUGUGGAGCAGCGUUGGAGGUUCCAUCUUUCCUAAGUAACGCCAGGAGGUAUUCCCUUCAGGGUAGACCAUAUCUCCUAUAUUUGCGUUAAAAUCCCCAGCUAUAAUAGUUAUGAAAAAGAUUGUUGUGCCACACAAGGGUAAGCACAAUAUGUUUAUAGAUGUAUCACAAAUGUUACUAGUGGUUAAUAACUUACAGGGUUUAGCUAAUCUAAAGGCGGGGAUAUUGGUCCCACGAAGAUUUUUGCACUCUACAAAUUCACUGUUUGGGGGGGGGGGGGCUUUCUCUAGAGUUACCAGCUCUUGGCACUUCGCACAAGUACAGCGGGAGACUGAAUAGCCCAAGAAGUACAACGGUUAAUUUUUUUCAGUAUGGUCUCUUGUAGUUAUACAACGUCCACCACCAGAUCGUGUUCCAGUUGGGUGAUUUCCGUGGUCUCACCUCUGACGCCAAAACAUUUAAGCUUUAGCAUAAUUAGGUUUGAGGGCGGUCAACCGUGGCACCUUGCCUAGUGAAGUACCGGCACCUGAAGUCGGCCAUGAGCUCUGACUUGCAGGGGGGAGGAGUGGGGUCGACAGCCCUGCGCUUAGAUUUUUGUCAGUAGUAUUAGCCAUGAUUUAGAAUAAACUAGACCCCUGUCUCCUUGACACUGUCCCACGGAGAGAUACCGUUGCAACUCCCACCUUCACAUUAGGAGUCAGACGUAUGCGUGAGACCAGGAGUCAGACGUAUGCGUGAGACCAGGAGUCAGACGUAUGCGUGAGACCAGGAGUCAGACGUAUGCGUGAGACCAGGAGUCAGACGUAUGCGUGAGACCAGGAGUCAGACGUAUGCGUGAGACCAGGAGUCAGACGUAUGCGUGAUAACUCGUUUGCUCCAAAAAUCCAGCUACUAGUCCGCCAGAAGACGCGCGUACAGAACACGGUCACUUGUGCUGGACGAAUGACCUAACACUAAACAUGACGUCUGCCCUUAACAUCAAUAACCUCGCACUAAGCACCUGUAUUUUCCUGCCAUUUUGGCAUUAAUGACCUAACACAAAACACCACUUUCCGGACAUUAACAUUGAUGACUUUUAUUUUUACUAAGCACUAAACACUAUGCAAGCCAUCUCACCAUCUCAUUGAUCUAAUGUCAAACAUUUAUAUCUCCCUAAAAGCAGUCUCAUUGACAUAACUAUAAAUAAGGUUUAUUCUUUCCUCGCAACAUUAUUUUUAAUAAAUCGUUUACAUGAUAAAUGACCUACAACUGUCCACCCGUAUCUUCCGGCCAGCAUCCUCAAUGACCCGACGGUCAACACAUUCAACAAAGAACACGCCAAGGUGAACAUCCUCGGGACUGUGAAGGUGGCAGAGUUCAGUGCAGAGAAGCCAACUGAGCAGGGUACAGAGAAGUGCUCGGUGACUGUGUGGGCUGUGAGUGAGGUGGUCCUUGGGAAGAUCUUCAUUGGAGGCUUCAGGGUAAAUUCAUGUUCUGAAUCAAAGGACACAAAGUAAUGGUGUGCAUGGAGCAAUGUGGUGGUUUCUUUUGUGUGAUAUUUUCACUAUUAAGUAUUUCGUUUUCUGUUGUGUCCAGCUUCCCUUUUCACAACCGGCCCUCCCCCUAAUCAAGAUGUUUCAUAUUAAUAGUACUGAAUGGGUUGAGGGGGGGGGGUGAUCUGACACGAAGAGAGCGUUAUGCUUGACGGUUCUACUCAGGUAAAAGAUUGAUUUUUUUUUUGAUUUUUUCCAUUUUAUAAAUAAAGAGCCACGGGAAUGGUGUAGGACUGUUUGUAGGACUUAAGUUUCAAGGCCGGCAUCUAGAGUUUAGGACUGUCUGUAAAACAUCAAUUUAAAAUAUCAAAUUUUAUACACAUUUCAUAUUAUUUAAGUGUUACGUAACAAAUACUCCCAGGAAGCAGUUGAAUGUUGUGAAUAUUUAUUUAAUUUUACACGUUUUCUUUCCGUAAUGCUCGUUAUAAUUUUAAAAAAAUGUGUGUGUGGGGGGGGGGGCUGCAGUCACGGUUUUCCUGCGAGAAGAGGAGCUGCGACUUCCAUUCCUGGAAAUGCCUCAUAAGACAUUCGAGAAAGUCUCAAUAGUGCAGAACCUUCACUGUCGUCUCAUAGAGACGGAAGGAUGGCAAAUUAUAUUAUAAUGUUAUUGCACUUAAACAACUGGUUAAUUUACAGUUACUCUCUUAUGAAAUUGUUUGCCUACAUCUCUGUUGAAUUAUAUUUUUUUUUUAAAUAUUGGUAAUAUAUGCCUGGAUAAACUUGGUUUUGUAAAGCGACAUUCAAAAUAUAGAUUUCGAAUUAUUAUAAUUUAGAGGCAGAGAAAUAGUUACCAUGAGUGCAAGAAAUGCAUUUUAUUUUUAUGCAGCUUGCUGAGUAAAAGAAGUGUCCAGAAUGCAAACAUUUUUAGGCAAAAGACCAUUUAACAGUUUAUUUAUUCAAUUAAAUAUAUUUAGUAGUAAUAUUUCGGGAUUCAUUAUAUAUAUAUAUAUAUAUAUAUAUAUAUAUAUAGUAUCGAAUUUAACUUUUAAUUCAUCACAACUUGUGGCUUUCUUGGGAAGAUGUUGAUCACUCCUGAAUUAGUGAGAUAGCAACUAGGAAGGACAGACUCUGGGCACAUAGGAAAUAUGGAGACAGGCAGGUAGGAAAUAUAGCGAUAGCCAGUUAGGAAUUAUAGAGAUAAACUCUAGGCAGAUAGGAAAUAUAGAGAUAGACUGUAGGCAGAUAGUAAUUAUAGAGAAAGGCAGAUAAGAGAUUAGAGAUAGACUCUAGGCAUAUAGGACAUAUAGCGGAAAGCAGGUAGGAAAUAUAGAGAUAUUAACAAGGAGAGAGACUUAAGGUCUAGGGACUGGACGCGAUAGGCAAUAUACCCGGCUUUGCUUUGCUCGGUUCCGGUUUUGCAUUCGAAAGAAAACUUAUCAAGCGUUUUCAGCAUACACGUAAAUAUAUUGUAUACAUAUGACAUAUAUACAUACAUUAAUUUUAAAAAAAUUAAGACUGGUCUCUAACUUAUCAUUUUUAUUUAAAGUGAUUGAAAAACUAGUUCUAAAAAACUUGUUUGCUUACUUAAACGACCACUCUCUUCUCAGUCCUACUCAGUCGGCCUAUAGACCUUUCCACAGUGCAGAGGCAGCUCUCUUGAGAGUCUCCAGUGACCUCUUGCUCACACUGGACAGCGGUAAUGUCUCCAUCCUGAUCCUCUUAGAUCCUAAUGCGGCCUUUGACACUGUUGACCAUGAAACCCUUGAACAAAAACCUUGAAAACUACUUUGGAAUUUCUGGUUCAGUUUUGGUUUGGCUUAGGUCCUACCUUUCCGAUAGAACGCAGGUGGUCGCUGUCAAUGGCUGUGUCUCAGGCAGUGCUGAUUCGGUAUACGCGCGGUGAGCCCCAGCCCCAGGCUGGGGUACCGGGCUUUAUAAACCACUAGUGAUAUAUAUGUGUCGUAUUUAUGUCGUGUGAGAUACCGAAGCGAUAAAAAUUCGAUAAGGGGUAUUUCGCAAAUAGCUUCACGCUAAAAAUGACUUUUUUUAAAAAACCCCCCCCCCCCCCCCGGGUCACAAAGUGUCAAAAAAUUCUUUACCACCCCCCCACCCUCCAGUGUCACGCCCCAUCUAAAAAAAUCAAAACAUUCAUAAAAUGUGCUUAACUAAACUAAGAUUUUAUUCUUAAACAUUUUCCCAUAAUAGAUUAAGAUGUAGUAUAAUGGAAAACUGUUGCGCAAAACAACGAAGACAUCCACAAGCCAAAUGUAAAAUGGCCACAACAGUUUUUGUGUCAUUUUUCGAUACGCGCAGAAGGUGUGCACGAAUGAGGUUCACGGUUCUUAUAAUAACAGAGGUGAUUUCGAACUCAAAUUAAUGUUUGUAAAAUUAAUUGAAUAAAGAUUUUUCAAAAUUAGAAAAUGUUAGAAUCUUUAAUUUUUUUUAAUCGUGACAUCUCAGAUACCCCCCCCCCUUUUUUUUCUUCUCCCCCUGUCACAAAGUGUCACAAAUAAAUUAGCUUGACGUAAUUUGCGAAUGAUCCCUAAGCAUGUUCCCGUUUUAUCCCAACAGUUGAAUUCUAUGAUGAAAUAAACUAAUAUUACAGUAGGAAAUGACAUUUUGUUAUUUGGUAUACGUGGUAAAGAUAGAUCAGCAAAUUAGUGCAACUUUAAUUAUGUAAUAUUGAUUUCAGAUAUCGGUCUCGCUGAAAGUGACAGACAGUCCAGCUAUUACAUGCUGCAUUUGUGUUACUUUGUUUUCUGAAGAGAACUUGACAUCCACUCCAAUUAUUACAUACUUCCUUGGUAUUACUUUGUUUUCAGGCAAGAAUAAUACGCCAAGAUGCCAGCACUGGGUUCCUACCUUCCUUUUAUGAAUUUGAGGUGAAGAAGAAAGUUCUGAUAGGUAAGAGAAAACGUAAAAGAGUUUGAGGUAGAGACCGACCGAAAGUGAUUUUUUUAUUUCGGCCGAAGCCAAAAAUAGGCCGAAAAUUUAAAAUGAAUUUCGGCCGAAACCGAAAAUAGGCCGAAAGUUUAAAAAUGACUUUCCACCGAAACCGAAAAGAGGCCGAAAGUUAAAAAUGACUUUCGGCCGAAACCGAAAAUGAAAUAAUUAGAUAUUUUGAAAUUCGUUCCCGCAUACAUUCUGCAUGCAUCGAAAAUGAUGAGGGAAAGUAUAAAUAUUUACAUUCUUUUUUAUAAAAAAUGAGAUAAUCGUGAAUAUUAAUAAAUAAACAUCUAAUGUAGGGGUCUCAAACUCGCGGCCCGCGAGCCAUUUGUGACCCGCAAGACGAUAUUUUGCGGCCCGCUACAUGACAGAAAAGUUAAGUGUUAAUGCGCCGGCGCAUUUUCCCAUACUCAUAUCUAUAACGUGACAUUCUGCGACGGUUUCAGUCGAAUCUCACCGACUAGUCUAAUUCUGAUUUUUUUUUUUUUUUUUUUUUUUUUUUUUUUUUUGUAUGAUGGUUAUAUUGGUAAGAACCGCUUUAAAGUCGGAAUAAAAGUUUUUUAUUUUAUGGCUUUUUUAGUCGAAUCUCACCGACUAGUCUAAUUCUGAUUUUUUUUUUUUUUUAUGUUUCUAUAUAUUUUUGUAUGAUGGUUAUAAUGGUAAGAACCGCUUUAAAGUCGGAAUAAAAGUUUUUUAUUUUAUCGCUUUUUAUGAUAUAACAAGAUGGCGGUAUAAUGAUAAUCUCAAAGUGCAGGCGCCUCGGUAAAGCAAGGGAGACAAGUUAAAAAUGAUUAUUGGAAUUUGGCUUCGGCGCAAGAAAAUUCGAACUUUUAAUUAAUUUUAAUUGUUUUGCGGUUUCAUUCAGGAUCAGAAUUGAUGCUGUAAUCAACGUAUUUCUCCUUCUAAAUACAAAUACAAUAUAGAUCUACUGUUAGGCUGAAUAGGAAGAAGCCCUCUUGUUGGGAAACAGCCGGAAGUCUCUGUACUCAGCUCUCACCUGUGGUUUCAAGAUGCUGUAACAUGCACAGCGACUACAACCCGGACAACGAUUCCAGGUUGAGGGUAGCCGAAAGGCAUAGAACUUUCGGAAAAAAAGGGCGUGUCCCCCAUGGCAUGUAAAGACUGGAUCCGGCAAAUUGUGCGGGAGAACCACUACUUGGUCAACGGACAAAAGGCGGAGACAGCACAGUGGUGUGAAUCGCUGAGAACAUGGCCAGACACGUAGAAUGUCAUGGUCAUUCACUGCAUGGGUGACUGGGAGGCCGAAUGGUCUAAACUGAGCAAACAUAAAGUUGUUGAUCUGGAGUUCAAUUCAGUUAGGCAAAAACGUCACCCCGGGUGGAUGAGACUCGUUAACCUUGGUCGGCAAUUCAUCUAAGAGAAGGAAACUCUGAAUUCAAACCCGGGGUUGGAGUCCCGUAAGGCGCAUACAAUGACAAUUCCUGCAAACGUACCCAUCCCUGGUCGUCUUGACGUAGAGUCUUGCCACUGGAUAUGGUGGGUCCGGAAGAGAGAGUGAGGUUGACGCCGCGCAACUCUUCCUCACUUUAAACAAAAGUCACCCUCGCAAGUCAUCAGUCACCAGACGACUCGAUGGUCAUCGUCGAUCCUCGACGGACGAACAACAAAUCGUAGCAAUCUGAUACAUUAUCAAAGGAUCCAUAUUAAUAUUGCCGCUAGUGUUUAAGAGUGAGGUAAAUUCCGAGCGUGUCAGCUUGGUCACUUUCUUAAUCUUCUUCCUAUGCCUUUUAACCCAGUCUGGGUCUCUACAUUUUUUUUACCUCAAAACACGGACAGCCACUUUUCAGCUUUUUGCUGACCGUUUCUCCUUUAAUGUGCAAGAUGCCCCGCGCGGGGAACUGAAUGGAAAAACAGACACGCAUGGACAUUUUAUUGCACUGGCCUCCACCUUCCCUGAAAUUUUUAGGUUGUUCAAGCGGAUCAUACUACUUUUUGGGAGUACCUCUGUGAAUAGCUCUUUUCCUCUUUGCACUUUAACAAGUCAAAGUUCAGGGCCAAACUUACUGAUGAGGAUCUUCAAGCUAUACUGAGAGUCUUAGUUGCUUCGUCACUCAAGCCAAAGUUGCUCAACUGUGUAAAAAGAAGCGCUGUCAGGUCUCUGGCAACAGUGAGUAGGUGGAAGAAAGUGAAUACUAGUUCUUGAGAAAACUUAAUGUUUGUAUUGUUAUUUAUAAAGUUUGAGCAGAUUGUAACAGUUGUAAUCGCUUUUUUUGUGUGGAAUACUUGAUGCGACCGAGGCUCACUCAGACACUACCUCCUGCGGCCCCCCUGAUGAUUUGAGUUUGAGACCCUUGAUCUAAUGAAUACUAUGGAUCUUACCAUUUUAAUAUAAACGUGAUUUAAAUUGUUUUACAAUUUUUAAAAAUUAGUAUGGUUGGAGAAAAUUUGGCAAAAAUGGGAGUAAGGGGUGUGGGGGGGGGGAUUAAUGCAAAAUAGACUCUUGAGUGCCUUUGCUUUUAUAAUAUAAUUACAACCUAGAACAUAUACCUACAACAAUUAUUGUGGCUCUAAUAGAGCCAAAGCCACCUAAAUAUAUUUUAUUGAGGCUAUAAAAAUAUCAACACAAUGUUUCGCUGUUUUCAUAAUAUUAUUGCUUUGUGUUUUCAUUAAUAGCUUGCAAGAUAUCACUGUAUUAAUAUUCAACCUAGUAGCAACACACUAGUCUUUCCGUGCUGGUGACGAAAUUAUUUCAUUCGGAGACUACCUCCCUCCCUCCCCCCCCCCCCCCAUUGGGGGGGAAAAAUAUUUUUUUAAACCGGGUCUCUCAAAAUUAUUGUUCUGACCAUGGUUCUAAAACAGGGGUCUCCAAACUCUUCAGCCCGAGGGCCGCAUUAACUAUCAAACAGCAGUCCGGGAGCCGACUACACACUCGAGGUCCAAUUAAAAACGAAUCAAAACAUGGGUGUUGUUUAUAAUUAUUUAUGUAAUAUUAUUUCAUUCAGUUAUUAUUUAAUAACACAUUGAUACACAUUGAUAAGUAGCGAAUACGGUUUUGCCAAGUCAUGAUCGGUUAGAAAACAGAACGCAAGACUGCGCGCCUCUAAUUUAAUUCGGUAAAAACAUAACGUCCACGUAAGCGGCGUCUGAUCUUGGCCGGAUACACGAAUAAUUUCCGUAAUUUUUUCCUUAGACAAAAGGUCUCCGCGGGCCGCAUGAGAGGGCCUCGCGGGCCGCAUGCUGCCCGCGGGCCGUAGUUUGGAGACCCCUGUUCUAAACGAUCGCUUUAUUUGUUUUUAAAGAUCGUUUAGUUUGUUCUUAAAAAUCAUUUUAAAAAAUAUCGUUAAAAAAAAAAAGUUAACGUUUCAGUUUCUACCGAAACCGAAACUUGGCCGAAAGUGAUAAAAUGGUCACUUUCGCCACCGAAACCGAAGCCGAAAUUCGGUCGGUCUCUAGUUUGGGGUACAGAAAACGGUAUCGGGAAGUAAGAAAACGUGAAAGGGGUAAAGAAAAACGGAAAGAGUCUCAUGAAAAAAUUCAUAACAAACAUGUGAAUGUUCAUUUGAACAACAAAAAAAAUUGCUUGACAAUCUUCACUAUCAAUAACACCAUCGACACCUACUAUGUUUUUCCGGAGAAGAAGCUAAAAGAGAGAAAUAACAAGGAAGACCUCCAGACGGAAUUGAAUACAUUCACUGUGUUCAAUUGAACGGCCACAAUAAAAGAGAAAGGGAAUGUAAAAAAAAUUAUAGUUUUUAUAUCUAGAAAUAUUACUUUAAAAGAAAUAAUAAUAUGUGUUCAUCAGACGGAGUGGGUAGAGUCACAAUUGAAUGGACAGCGGGCUACCGAACGUCGCCCUCCGCGCCAUUCAACUUCCGGUACAAUUUUGUGAGUCGCGGGACAGCGAGUUCGGACGUGCUGAGCAGCCUCGGCGACUGUGACAUAUCCUACACACUCGACUGGUAUGGCUUUUUCAUCUUGGAGUUUCCUUGCUGCCACUUGAGAGUAGGCUUCAGGCCCAACAUACCAACAUACCGGCACCAAUUGCUUCCAGGUAAAGUAAACGUUUGAAUAAAAAAAAAGAUUAUUUUAAAAAAAAAAUAUUUUUAAGUAUGUCAGACCUUCACCAAGUAAAGAGAGGUUAUAGUCCGUAUUGUUCAUAUAGACCUGGUUACACUGAAACUCCCAAAAUAGUACAGUAUAAUCUCAGAAAAGUGUCGCAAAUUGGUGACUUAAAUGUAUUCGUUUUUUUUUUUUUGUUUUUUUUUUAAGAUCGCGAUCUGCAUCAGCCUCUUCGCUCUUCAUCAUCCCCAUUUCCUGAAAUGACAAUUAAAAAAAAAAAAAAAAAAAAAAUGGUUAAUAUCUACUUGAUAUCGAUACAUAUUCAAUUUUGGCGAUGCCUUCCAUAUUCCGAUUCUUUCUCAUACAUUUCCAUGUUUCAUAAUUUGUUUCCAGGAAUUUGGGUUGAAGUUAAUGAUCCGAAUAUUCAAUUCCCAAAUUGGACCCCUGGGAACGAACCGCUCUGUCUGACCAAUGGCGCCGUCAACAUUUCGAGUAUCCAGAAAAACACGGGGGCCGUCAGUGCACAGGAAGCUCUGACCCAACUAGCGUUCACCAACGCUGGCAACGUCACGUUGGAUGGGACACCGCCAAACUUUGCCGCUCUCGCCGAGAACUUGGACCUCUGCUCGGGCAACGCGACACGUCGGCUGUUUGCUGAUGUAUUGACGAUACUGGGCUCCCCGAAGCUCGUCAGGUGUAUCGCCGAUGGGAUCCAAGAAGUCCUCGUGUCGUUCCUCGUUCUCCUCGAAAACUGGAUCUGCGUCAACGAUUCCGAGAGUUGCAACCGGGCGAAGGCGAUCCUCCUGGGGAAUUGUUCCUCGGUAUCACCAAGUACGACUCUCAAUGCGUUGUUCAGCGCCCCGUGUUAAUUGUGGAAAAUAAUCAAUAUAAAAUCUGAACAGAUAGGUUACGUUUAUUGUUAAAACUUUUUUUUUUUAAAUGUAUUUAUAAAACGCCGUGCUACAUUUGAAGAGAUGUAAUGGCGGACAUGUUAGAUGUGCGACGUUAAUUUUGAAGAUAUUUAGUAUAAGGCUUUAAUGGUGGGUAUGCAAUCACGUUGGAUGUCAAUAUAUUUAUGAACUGUCCUUGUUAGAUGUAACGGAUUAUCAGAGGAGCAAGCACUCUCCAAGGAAGAUGUAUCAAAUCCAAUUGAGGCGACUUGAACUUGUCUGUUGAUGUUACUGGUG